UACUGUGUGAUCUGUGAUUGGUCACAGCUUGUCACAUGGUACAAGGCUGUUGUGAAUAGCCUUGUACCAUGUGACCUCUGUGAUCAUUCACAGAUUUCACAUGUAGUAAGCAAUGAUGUCAGCAGUGACAUCUUGCUUACUACUCUGCAUGUGAUCACUGAUUGGCCAAUCACGCCGCUAUUUGCGGUCUCGGCUGUCAAUCACCGGGUCCUGGCCAGUUAUUACUCGCCAGCACUCGGUGUUCGCGUAGCAUUACCGAUGGAGGGAGAGAACUGUAUGUAAACAAUACAGUUCUCUCCCCUGUCAGCUCCUGCACACUGCUUU